UAAAUUAAAAUGCAAUAACCUACACUAUAUAAUUAUUAGUUAAUAAUUUUAACCAAACUGUUUUAACCAAUAUGUAAAAUAAAUUACUUCGUUAUAUUUAACAAUGUGUGAGGACAACAAAUAUAAUAUAAAUCAUUUGUUGGAGCCGUACAAUUAUUUGGUCAGAAAUAGUGGCAAACAAAUAAGGACUAAAAUAAUUAAGGCGUUUAAUGUAUGGCUACAAUUGGAAAACAAGGAUCUAUUGCUGGUCUCAGAAAUCAUUGAAUUACUGCAUAAUUCAGCCAUUUUGAUCGAUGACAUCGAGGACAGUUCAGAAUUGCGUGGGGGUGAGCCCAGUGCUCAUCUGGUGUAUGGCAUCGCGACUACUAUUAAUUGUGGAAAUUAUGGCUAUUUCUUGGCCUUAGAGAAAGUGGUUCAACAAAUGCCUCAACAUUUACAACAAAAAGCGUGUAAAAUAUAUGCCAACCAAAUGAUUGAAUUGCAUCAGGGACAGGGACUGGAUAUCUAUUGGAGGGACCAAUUCCUGUGUCCGACUGAAGACCAAUACCUGGAUAUGAUUCGCAAAAAAACGGGCGGACUCUUCACAAUGGCUGUCAAAUUCAGUCAAUUGUUAAGCAAUUGUAAUCAAAAAAAUUUUCAGCCAUUUAUCGACAUUUUAGGCGAUUAUUUCCAGAUUAGAGACGAUUACGCAAAUCUGGUUUCAGAUCAGUACAAUGAGGGCAAAACAUUUUGCGAAGACUUGACUGAAGGCAAGUUUUCAUUUCCAAUAAUACACGCGAUUAACAGCGAUCUCAACGACACUACAGUUAUCGAUAUACUACGAAUGCGAACCACAAAUCGCGUACUGAAGGAAACGGCACUGAAAACAAUGCAGAGUUUAGGUUCACUCGAGUAUACAUUGAAUCGUAUGAAACAAUUGGAUGCUAUGGCCAGGGAUGAGGUGAAACGCUUGGGUGAUAAUCCGGAGAUGAUCAUGAUUUUGGAUAUUCUCAACAAAAUUUAA